CAAGCAGACCGCCGCCGCCUCAACGCACCCCCUGGCGGGACCGCACCACCCGCCUUUGCCACUCCAAAGACUGUCAAGCUAGAGCGCCCCAAGCGAACAAGAAAACCAGACGAGCACCGCAAGAUAUAUCUCCGCACUGGUAUCGUUCCCUCAGCCUCCGGUAGCGCUUACUACGAGAUCCCGCCUCAAUCGGACCAAAAACAGUCCGGACUGUCACUACCGCAAACCAGCAGUUUGAAAAUCACAUGUACAGUCCACGGGCCUAGACCGUUGCCAAGGAACGCAGCCUUCUCGCCCAACUUACUGUUGACUACACACGUGAAGUUCGCGCCUUUCGCCACCCGACACCGGCGGGGUUACGUACGGGAUGCGAGUGAACGUGACCUAGCCGUGCAUCUGGAGACUGCGCUACGGGGUGUCAUUAUCGGCGAGAGAUGGCCGAAAAGCGGCGUAGAGGUUGUCAUUACGGUUUUGGAGGGGGAGGAGGAUGGGUGGUGGGGUGAUGCUGGAGGCGGGGGAGGAGGUGGUGGAUGGGGCCUGAUGGGUGUGUUGGCUGGUUGUAUCACUGUUGCGAGCGCGGCGCUAGUGGACGCAGGGAUUGACUGCGUCGACCUUGUUUCUGGUGGCGUGGCUGUUGUUGUAGGAGACGGUGGAGGCAGUGGUGGGAAGCCGAAAGGUGGCGAAGGAGCUCUUGUGCUUGAUCCAAGUCCCGCUGAACAUGCGGAGAUGAGGGCGGCGUGUGUGGUAGCAUACUUGCACUCGCGGGACGAGAUCACGGAGUUAUGGAUGAGAGGCGAUGCGGGCGCGGAGAGCGAGAGGCUGAUAGAUGAGGCGGUCAAGGCGGCGAGUCUAGCCAGGACUGUACUUGUAGAGGCAGUCAAGGAGGCUGUGGAA